AUGUCUAAAGAACAAAGUAUAACACCAAGUAAAAAUGAGUGUAAAUGUUAUUUAUGUUUGAAUAAAGAAAAAGUUAUUGGAAAGAAAAGGGUUCCAUGGACAAUUAUUUGUAAGUAUAUUCUAAAAGCAUUAGCAUUUAUAAAUGAAAAACAAUAUUAUUCAGCUCAUGAUGAUAUUUAUCCAUUUGUAAUAGAACAUUGGAAUAUUUUAGGAGAAUUAGCACAGUUUAAAAAUGGAAAGUCAUGGAAAAAAGCAUUAUUAGAUGCUAUGAAUCAUAGUGGGCAAUUUGAAAGUGGACCAACAAAAAAACGUAUUGGAUUAUGGAAAUUAAAAUCCUCUUUUGAAAAUAUGGACAACAAAGAAAAUUCAAACAAAGAAAAAAAACCAAAGAAAAAUUUAUUAAAAUAUUCUUCUAGAAGAAAAGAAUUAUCUGAAAAAUGUUUAAAAAAUGAAAUAUUACUUUCUGACCCCCCUUUAGAAACUUUUCAAGAUAUUAAUCAAACAAACAAUUUAAAUGAUGAAUUUAUAUAUCCUCAAAUUUUAACUCCUUCAGAUAUCUCUAUUUCUAAUCAACAUAAAAUAUCUCAUUCAAAUAUGUCUGCAUUACCUCUUGCAUUAAUGAAUGACUUACAACCAUUAUAUCAUCAAUUAUAUCAUUCAGUUUAUAAAUCUAUUAAAUUAUUAAAUAAAAGAAGAAAACAAAUGAAAUUUCAAUUUAAUUCUUCUCAAAGAAUAUUAUCUUUAAUUGCUCGUUUACAAUUUGAUAUGAUGGAAAAAGAAACUUAUCCAUCUUCAUUUAUAUUAUUAAAAAUAUUAUAA